GGUUUGCAUGGUGAUAAGACUGACAAAUGUACUUGAGAGGAUUAUAAUAAGAGUGACCCUAUCAUGGAGCCCCUGAAACGGGUUAGUUUCCUCGUCAAUGGGAAACCACAAUCAGUGGGAUGCGAGACAAGUUCAGACCUGUCCCUGCUGGAGUACCUGCGCGUGCGCUGCGAGCUGCGCGGCACCAAGUACCUUUGCCGCGAGGGCGCCUGCGGCGCAUGCGUCGUCGCCGCUGCCAGACCCGGCGAGCCACCCCAUGCUGUCAAUUCCUGUCUUGUGGCAGUAACGUCAUGUCAAGAUUGGGAGAUCACGACGAUAGAGGGCGUUGGUAACAGACUAAAGGGCUACCACCCGAUACAGAAGACCCUCGCUAAGCUCAACGGGACACAGUGCGGGUACUGCUCGCCGGGAUGGGUCAUGGCCAUGUACGGUCUGUUACAGAGUAAUGAGAACCUUACGAUGCUGGAUAUAGAAAAGUCAUUUGGCAGCAACGUCUGUCGCUGCACCGGCUACCGACCAAUCUUAGACGCCUUCAAAAAAUUCGCUUCCGACGCCCCAAAAUCAGAUAUUAUGGAUAUAGAAGACCUUAAAAUUUGUAAUAAAACUGGGAAACACUGUCGAAAAGGCAGUGAAGGUGACUGGUGUUUAGUGGAAGAGCGUGAUGUUAAAGAUGAGGAGAACAUAGAGAUUGAACUGAGUGAUGGACGGUAUUUUACUAAGGUGCAUCAAGUUAGUGAGAUAUUCGAAGUACUGGAGAAGAAAGGAGAUGAUAGUUAUAUGCUUGUUGCCGGGAAUACUGGUAAAGGAGCGUACCCCAUAGACAAAUACCCUAAAGUCCUCAUUGACAUCAGUAGCGUUGAAGAGCUGAAAGGCUACAGUUUCGAUCAGAACCUGAUCGUCGGAGCAGGAACCACUCUGUCUGAGGCCAUGAAGACGUUUCACACUGUGUCGGGUUCAGAAGAUAAUUUCUGGUAUUUGGAGAAAUUGAAGGAGCAUUUGGAGCUAGUGGCUCAUAUUCCUGUUAGAAAUUUAGGAUCCAUAGCUGGUAAUCUGAUGGUCAAACAUACGCACAACGAUUUUCCAUCAGAUGUCUUCCUUCUAUUGGAGACUGUUGGAGCUUAUUUAACCAUCCAACAAGCUGAUGGGCGCCUAAAAAAAGUGACUCCUCAGGAGUUUCUAAAAGUGGAUAUGAAAGGAAAAGUUAUAAUAAACGUUCUUCUUCCUCCUAUUGGAAAAAACUACAAACUUGCGACAUUUAAGAUCAUGCCACGAGCCCAAAAUGCGCACGCGAUGGUCAACGCUGGCUUCUUAUACAACCUAGAUGAAACCAACACCGUUAAAGAAGCCAGGAUAGUCUACGGGAACAUUAACCCUCGCUUCGUGCAUGCUAAGGAAACAGAGAAGUUCCUGAUCGGGAAGAAAUUGUUCACUAACGAGACGCUGCAGGGCGCUGUAAAAGUGUUGGAGAAAGAGCUCGUGACGCAGGAACACCCGCCAGAACCGUCGGCGAAGUAUAGGAAGAAUUUAGCUAUCAAUUUGUUUUACAAGGGUCUCCUCUCCCUAUGCCCACCUUGGCAGGUGGACGCCCGCUUCGCCUCUGGAGCGAUCACUCUGAGCAAGACUCGCCCCCUCUCCAGCGGCAAACAGGAUUUCGUCACCAACCCUAAGCUAUACCCGAUCAACAAGCCUGUUGAGAAAGUAGAAGCGUUGAUCCAAUGCGCAGGGGAGGCUCCAUACUCUGAAGAUUUGCCGAGUUUACCGCAUGAAGUGUUUGGAGCCUUCGUUCUCGCAACUGUCGGCAUCGGAGACCUCGACAGUAUUGACCCCAGCGAGGCUUUACGGCACCCAGGCGUCGUCGCAUUUUACUCAGCCAAAGACAUCCCUGGUACAAAUACUUUUACAUCCGGCGACACCGCCUACUUUCUCAAAGAAGAAGAAGUGUUUUGUUCAGGUGCCGUCCGAUACAACGGACAACCUAUCGGAGUCAUCGUGGCUGAUACUAGAGCCAUUGCAGAAUACGCUGCCAAACUAGUCCACGUCAAAUACAAAGGUGUAUCUAAACCCGUAAUAGAUAUAAAUGAAGCAAUGAAAUAUCCUGCUAGAGUAAGAAAGGCUGGAGAAAAGGAUGGUGGAGGUGAAGAGAAAGGAGUGCUGUUUAAUAUAAUAAGAGGGAAGCAGACAAUAUAUCAGCAGACGCACUUUUGUAUGGAGACGUUGGUGAGCGUAGCGAAACCGACGGAGGAGGGUUUGGAACUAUAUUGUACAACGCAGCAUAUGGAUGGAACGCAGAUUGUGGUAUCCCGAGCUCUUAAUAUACCUGAACACAAGAUUGACAUCCACGUACGUCGACUUGGAGGAGCAUAUGGUCUGAAGAUCUCCCGCGGCUCAAUGGUAGCAGUGGCAAACGCGCUGGUGGCUUACAAACUCAACCGACCCUGCCGGAUAAUUCUACCGCUUCCCACUUUAUCCAAGGCUGUUGGGAAAAGAUUUCCUUGCACUACGGAAUAUGAGGUUGGAGUGGAUCUGUUUGGAAAAGUGCGAUAUGGGAAAGAAAGCCUUUAUACGGAUAAUGGUUACAUCGUAGACGAACCUCUUUUCAUAUUUACGUUGGAAGUGUACCAGAACUGCUAUGAGAAAUUACGAUGGCUGUACAAAGUAUACGAUGUUACUACUGACACUGCUAGUAAUACUUGGUGCAGAUCUCCAGGAACUCUGGAAGCAAUAGCUAAUAUGGAAUUCAUCAUGGAGCGUAUAUCCUACGAGUUGUCAAUCGAUCCCCUUACAGUGAGGUUGAGAAAUCUCGACAUAACCGCUAUCGAACUCAGGUUUAUGGUGGAGAGAGUUAAAAGAGAAGGCCAGUAUACUGAGAGAAGAGACGCCGUCGACAAAUUCAAUAGUGAAAACAGAUGGAAGAAACGGGGGCUUAGGUUUUCACUAUUACGCUGGCAGGGCCUUGGUAACCAAAUUUUAGAUGUCAACAUGUCAGUGUAUUACGACGACGGGACUGUCUCCAUAAUCCACGGCGGCAUCGAGAUGGGCCAAGGCCUGAACACCAAAGCUGUUCAAAUCGCUGCACAUUUCCUUGGAAUACCAAUGGAAAAGAUACAAAUAAAAUCUAAUAACACAAUUUCUUCUCCUAAUGCUCUAAUGUCAGGGAACAGUACGACUUCAAUGUCCGUUGGAAUAGGUGUUCAAAAAUGCUGUGAAAAGUUAUUAGCACGAUUAGCGCCUUUAAGGCUUUCGCUAUUAAACCCUAGUUGGGAAGUGUUGGUUAAAGCUGCGUAUUCAGCCCAAAUCGAUUUGCAGACUCAUGGGUUUGUGUCUCUGAAGGACUUGUUGAAAUCUGAUGUGUUGGGUGUGACAUUGGCUGAGGUAGAAAUUGAUGUGUUGACUGGAGAGUGGGAGCUUUUGAGGGUGGAUAUACUUGAAGAUGCUGGCAUCAGUAUUAGCCCGAAUGUGGACAUAGGACAGAAGGUGCCUUCGUCAUGGGUCUCGGCUACUGGACCACAGAGGAAACAAUCUACGACCAGAACACUGGAGAGAUCCUCACAGACCGCGCUUGGAACUACUACGUGCCACAAGCCAGAGAUAUUCCGCAGGAUUUCCGGGUUUAUUUCAAGGAGAAGUCGAUACCUGACCCUCGAGUUCUUGGAGCUAAGGCAAUCGGCGAGCCCCCAAUCUGUAUGGCCGUGGCUGUUCCAUUCGCGUUGCGUGAAGCCAUUGUUGCUGCCAGGAGCGACGCUGGGAUAUCUUCUAAAGAGUGGUUCCCUAUAGAUGGCCCGUAUACUAGAGAAGCGAUACAAACACAGCGAC